UCCCCCUCCCUUCCCCACCAAAGCUGAGGUGUGUCACUACUGCACUGAGGCUGAUGAAGACACUUGAGCACUCUCGGGGAUGCUCAGCUGUGACAGAAGCACUGCCACUGUCUACCGAAGCUGAUCGUGAGACACUCAUAUGCAGAGUUUAACAGAUGCUGGGCAGCGCACCUGCUUGCUGUAGCCAAGGCUGCAGGUUCCCUUAAUUCCAAGCCAUGAAUGAAUCCAGGUGGAUUGAAUGGAGGAUCCUGAACAUGAGCAGUGGCAUUGUGAAUGCGUCCGAACAUCACUCCUGCCCACUUGGAUUUGGCCACUACGGUGCGGUGGAUGUCUGCGUCUUUGAGACAGUUGUUAUUGUCUUGCUGACAUUUCUAAUCAUUGCUGGGAAUUUAACAGUCAUCUUUGUCUUUCAUUGUGCUCCACUCUUGCACCAUUAUACUACCAGCUAUUUCAUUCAGACAAUGGCAUAUGCUGAUCUUUUCGUUGGAGUUAGCUGCUUGGUUCCUACUCUUUCACUUCUCCACUACUCCACAGGUAUCCACGAGUCAUUGACUUGCCAGGUUUUUGGAUACAUCAUCUCAGUUCUAAAAAGUGUUUCUAUGGCAUGUCUUGCUUGCAUUAGUUUGGAUCGCUAUCUUGCAAUAACCAAGCCUCUUUCCUACAAUCAACUGGUCACCCCUUGUCGCCUGAGAGUUUGCAUUAUUUUGAUCUGGAUCUACUCUUGCCUAAUAUUCUUGCCUUCCUUUUUGGGAUGGGGGAAACCUGGUUACCAUGGUGACAUUUUUGAAUGGUGUGCCACCUCCUGGCUCACCAGUGCCUAUUUUACUGGCUUUAUUGUUUGUUUACUAUAUGCUCCUGCUGCCUUUGUUGUCUGCUUCACUUACUUCCACAUUUUCAAAAUUUGCCGGCAGCACACCAAAGAAAUAAAUGAUCGGAGGGCCCGAUUCCCUAGGCACGAGGUGGAUGCCUCUGGAGAGACUGGGCAUAGCCCUGACCGUCGCUACGCCAUGGUUUUGUUUCGGAUAACUAGUGUGUUUUACAUGCUGUGGCUCCCCUAUAUCAUUUACUUUCUUCUAGAAAGCUCCCGGGUCUUGGACAAUCCAACACUGUCCUUCCUGACAACCUGGCUUGCUAUAAGUAAUAGUUUUUGUAACUGUGUAAUAUACAGCCUUUCCAACAGUGUUUUCCGGCUAGGCCUCCGAAGACUGUCCGAGACAAUGUGCACAUCUUGUAUGUGUGUGAAGGAUCAGGAAGCACGAGACCCUAAACCUAGGAAGCGGGCUAAUUCCUGCUCCAUUUGAAGAGAACUACACAGUAAAUCAAAUGUAAUCUGACAGUGGUUUUGGAUUGUAUUCUUGAUUCAUCUGGAAAUUUGCCACUAGAGAAAUAUUUACUUGAAUAUUUGACUAUGGGGUGAAGGGACUAAUGGUUUCUUUUUUUCUUUUUUCAUGGAGAAAAAGGCUAAAGAAAAGGAUGUAUAGAGGGCAGUCUUGUGAGAUAAUUAUAGUAUGUGAGUAUAAAUGUGCAGUAAUAGGAAAAAUUAAGCACUGAGAAUGAAAAAAGUAUCUCAGAUCUUCCACAGGACCUGAGCAAAGCCCCUUGGCGUCUCUGUCUCUGAUGGAACUCUAUCCUCUCUC